UUGGUGUAAGAUUAAGGCAGUGAUAGGGAAGAAUGAGGUAAGAAAUGUGAGUGAGGGAGACGGUCCUGGGUAGUGAGGGUGAGUCAGUCCCGCGCCGACGCUCCUCCACGCUGCUGCGCAUCAUGGCUGAACAAAUGGAAAUUGUAACAGAAGCCAUCAUCAAAAUGGAGAAAAAAUGUGAAAAGGAGAAAAGGGUGGAGAGGAUGCCAGUUGACGAAAUGACAUCUAAGGAUUAUUACUUCGAUUCAUAUGCUCAUUUUGGCAUCCACGAGGAAAUGCUGAAAGAUGAAGUCCGUACCUUGACCUAUCGCAACGCAAUGUAUCACAAUAGACACCUCUUUAAGGGAAAGACGGUGUUGGAUGUUGGGUGCGGUACUGGUAUUCUCUCCAUGUUUGCUGCCAAAGCUGGUGCUGCCAGAGUGAUAGGAAUUGAAAUGUCCAAUAUUGUAGAACAUGCAAAGAAAAUUGUAUCUGCCAACAAUUUAGACAAAGUUGUCGAGAUCAUUCACGGUAAAGUGGAGGAAGUGACACUACCUGUGGACAAAGUUGACAUUAUUAUAAGUGAGUGGAUGGGUUACUGCCUCUUCUAUGAGUCAAUGUUGGAAACUGUGCUGUACGCCCGUGAUAAGUGGAUGGCUGCGGAUGGUAUGCUGUUCCCUGACCGUGCUACGCUAUUUGUUGCCGGUAUCGAGGACCGUCAAUACAAGGACGACAAGAUCAACUGGUGGGAUAGUGUUUAUGGUUUUGACAUGUCGUGCAUCAGGGAGGUGGCCAUGACUGAACCCCUUGUUGAUGUUGUUGAAGCAAAGCAGGUUGUGACGAACUCUUGCCUAGUUAAGGAGGUUGACUUGUACACAGUAAAGAAAGAAGAUCUGGCCUUCAGUACCCCAUUUCACCUUCAGGUAGAGGUGCGGAGGAAUGACUACGUACAUGCCCUCAUUACGUACUUCAAUAUUGAAUUUUCUAAAUGUCACAAGAGGACUGGUUUCUCAACAGCUCCUGAAGCACGGUAUACUCAUUGGAAACAAACGGUCUUUUACUUCGAUGAUUACUUGACAGUGAAACAUGGCGAAGAAAUCUUCGGCACCUUCACAAUGAAGCCCAACGAGCGUAACAAUCGUGAUCUUGAUUUCCACAUUGAAAUGGAAUUCCACGGUGAACUCUCAGACUGUCAGGAGUCUCAUAAAUAUAAAAUGCGUUAAUUUUUUAUAGGAGUGGAAUUUUGCUACGUCCAUCAGAUGGUCGUCCACGAUUAUGCCGCAAGUUGACUUAGUCAUUAGGUUCUCUACAAAUGUAGCAAUGGCUUCCUUCUCAAAUGAGGCAACCAGGUUUUGUGUAAUGUUGUGUAUGUGAGGCCUAAUGGGUCAUUGAAACAGCUUGUGGCACAUCUUGUACGGACACUUGUGACAGUGCAGUCUUUACCAGCUGUUAGAACUGUAUCCCAGCUGGUGGAGUGACCUUUGUGUACUCCUUAUAAUGGAUGAGCUAUAGACUCGGCCUCUCUACCAGUAGCAGUAUUAUAUGAACUUGGUAGAUGAGCAUAAUACUCUUGCCUCUCCAGUGUAAGAGGAUUGAGGAAAGACUCUUGAACUCUCCCUACCCACUAGGCUCUGGCCAGUAACAAUCUGGUGUCAUUUUUUAUGGUGCAGGUCCUCGGCAAAGAAUAAGAACAGUUAUGUGAAGUGAUGGAAAAAAAAAUUACGGAAUGGAAAAAAAAAUGGUGAAAUCAACUGGCUUGUUAAGUAUUAUGGACUUUGAUUUUGAGCUAAUUGGGAAAAUUGCUACAGUAUAAUGGUAAGGAUAUUGCUGAUUGAUCAUAUGCCUCCAUUUGUUCAGCUACAUGAUGUGCUGGUGAAGAUAAUUUUCUACUAUUUAAAUUUUAAAACUGUUAAUUAACAAUUUCAAUUUAAUCUAUUCCACUAGUACUGUACUUACAGUAGUUAAAAAUAUUCAUUUGUUCAAGUAUAUUUGUGUUGUGUAUGUACCAAGAAGCUACUGUGAAAGUGUAGAAAGGUUUGGCAGAUGUUCUAGUCCUUGGUUUGAGGACGUGAAUUGUUGUACCAGGUUAGUGGGCGUCUUGUAUGUUAUUCAAAUUAUUUUUACAGAUGGCAAUAAAAAGAAAUAAGAAUGAAUUUUUUUUUUUUUUUUGAGAUGCUGACAUUUAAAUUAUUCCAUGCUAGUAGAACUUGUGUAUCCAUUACAAAUGUUAUUGUGGAAAUAUUAAGUCUUGCAUAUGGGAAUCUUAUCAAGGCAGAAAUAAUUCACAAUAGGUAUAAACUUUUAUUUGUAAGAAAUGAAUUUGUUUGUAAUUACAAUAAUUUUUUUCA